GGGGGGGUUGCCGACUAAAUUUUUGAAAGAGGCAAAAAAAUACCACAUCAAUCAAUAUCAAAAAGUAACUUUAGCCAAUCAAGAUACACUUUUUAUCCAUGAUACUCAAGAAUUAAAAACUUUUUCUAAUUCUGCCAGCCAUCGACGAG